AUGGAGGCUUCUCGUCAGUAUGGAGAUACGGAAGAAAGCUCGCUGAGGCAAAUCCAAAGGUCCUGGCCUGCUCUUUCUGACUGGAUUUGUGAGGAGCUCUAUUGUUCGGGUCUUCGAAUCCCCAUUAAUUUUGGAACUAAAACAAUAUGGGGGAAAGGGAAAUUGGAAGCAUCUGACGAUGAAUACUACAGGUUACAUAUAGCUUCUGACGACUCUGAACCAGUGGACCCCUUUGAGAGUAAAGAGUUUCUAUUGAAUUCCGUGUCAAAAAUGACAAGUAGUGCCAUUAGAUUUGGUGUUUACCAUUAUGUGAACAGGAAGGAGGCUAAAGAGAUGAUCUCUGAAUCAUCUAAUAGAUUGGAUGAAUCUGGCAAACAUGAACACUCUCAAAAAAAAUCCAGUAAAAAUAAGUUGAGACCAGAAAAAGAGGCUGAAAGCCAAAAGGAGAAAAGUGAGAGUAAGAUCAAGUAUUGGUGGUCAAAAUAUAUCCGAAGGCAAAAGAAAAAAAAGGAAGAGAAAUCAAAAGAAAGUCAGACACCUGCAUCUCAGAAUCAAAUUGAUAAUUAUGAAUAUUUAUUAUUUGGCUCAAAUCCUAAUAACCAGCCCAAUUCAACAUCAGCGAAUUUUCAAGCACCAAGAAAGCUGUUUAUACAGGAAAUGACAUCGAACGAGGGUAUUAUGAACUCUAAUUACGAUGGGAACAAGAUACGCCCUGAAACCUAUGUACCACUUGAAAUUAAGACUUCCAUAUUUGCUGCAUACUUUGCAGCAGAGCCUGUUGUAAUUCACUUCUCUAAAACGAUUACUAGGAAUAGACGGGUUAGAUAUGGGCAAGAAAUUGCCGUAGCUGAAGCAUUCCCCAGAACUAUUAAUAACUCAUUGUCAAGUAUCAUUUUGGCAAGAUGCGAUGGUACUAUAUCCAUUAUAAAUCAGACCAAGGGACUUCCGAUCCAAUCCACUCGUAUGUUUCUUGUAAUUACAUGCAAUGAUACAACAUAA